ACCUGUCAAAAUUGCCACUUGUGUCAGUGUUUUUCAUAAAAAAUCUGUGUUGAUUUUAUUGUUUUCUCUAAAGUCUAAGCUCAAAAUUGUAUUAAAAUACACAAUAUUUACAAGUGUAUAUUAUUGGCCAAGCAAGUGGCCAACCCAAUUCAUAAGCCUUAUUCCUGUAAACACAAUCUUGAACACAAUUCGUGCGGCGUAAACAAUGUGUUCCUCAUAGAACAAUAGACGAUGAUGGAGUUCGACAAUGACGAGUACACCUGGCGGCGGCCGUCGUCCGCGAAGGGGCCGCGCACGGGGUGCCAGCGCAUCCCCAAGCGGUCCACGUCCGCAGCGGUGGUGGUGCUGGGGCUGGCGGUGCUCAGCUGUCUGCUGGGCUACUGCGUGCUGAGUGAAACGCUCCCGUAUGAGUCGAAAACUCUGCGCAUGGUCCUUGUUCUAUUCCGCCAUGGUGCUAGAACCCCAAUUAGCUCAUACAAGAGUGAUCCAUUCAAGAACUACCAGUGGCCAGAGGGGCUGGGAGGAUUGACUAAACAAGGAAAACUUCAGCUGUAUGAACUAGGGAGGAAAUACAGGAGUUACUAUGCCAACUUCAUCCCGGACGACUACCAUGAUAAGGACAUCUUUGUGCGUAGCAGUGACAAGUCCCGUUGCCUGAUGAGUGCGUACACAUUCCUGGCCGGACUGUACCCGCCCACGGAGGCGCAGACGUGGCACCCAGAGCUUGCCUGGCAGCCCAUCCCUGUGCACUCCCUGCCUCGGGAACUUGAUAAUAUAGUAGCAGCUACGAAACCAUGCAAACACUGGAAGGCAAUGUACGAUGAGAUACUAGCCGAAAAAAAUGCCGAUCCUAAAUUCACAGAACUUUUUGAUGUUCUAAGCAAAAACACUAAUCAGACUAUGAGAAGCAUAUUAGACGUGGACUUCUUGUUCAGUACUCUGAGUACGCAGCAGGAGGCUGGCCUGAAGAUACCGGAGUGGACUAAGAAUGUGUUUCCGCACAAAAUGAGAUACCCUUUCACUUUGAGCCUUUCCUUACUGUCCUACAAUGAGAGUCUGCAGAGAUUACACACAGGUCCGCUACUAGCCGACAUGCGCGCGCACCUCGAGGCGGCGGUGUCGGGCGCGGAGGCCCCGCUGCUGGCGGUCUACUCCGGCCACGACGUGACCGUGGUGUCGCUGUGGCGCGCGCUCGGCUUCACGCAGCAGCUGCAGCCGGAGUACGCCUCCUCGCUGCUGCUCGAGCUGCAUCAUGAUCUGCCCGCCGAUCUCUUCUAUGUUAAGGCGUUCUACCGCAACAACACGAAGACGGAGGUGCCCACGGAGCUGCGGCUGCCGUUCUGCGAGGAGCCGUGCCCCUACUCCCAGUUCCUGCAGCGCGUGGACCAGCUCGUGCCCAAGGACUGGGACGCUGAGUGUCAGAACAACGAGUAAGCCGGCUGAUGCCGCUACACGGGUUCGUUAUAGAAGUAGAUGAACGUCAUUGUAUCGCGAUUCGCCAUAAAUUGGUUCAAGGCGCAUUAAACGAGUACCGAUAAUGAAUUCGUGUAGCGGCCGCUUAAGGUGCUGAUACACUUGAGCAUUUACUUGUUACAGAUCAUGUAUGUGAAAUGUGUCAAUAUGUAAUGUAUUUUUUUCUGUAAAGAAUGCACUGUUUAUCGGCACACGGUUUGCUCGGGUGAACUCUGUCACUUUACACUACUUCGCCAAAAUUGGUGAAUCUUUUUCAUUGAAAUUAACAUGCACUUGUGCAUAAUAUUUGAUAUUUUUUAAGAGUUGUUUUAUGUAUAGUAUAUUAUUUAUUUUACAUUAUACGUAAAAUAUCUUUCCACUAUGCGAAUAUAAUUCAUUUUGCCUUGUUUCAGUGUAUGUGUGUAAUAUGUGUCAAUACCAAUUUAGACAUUAGAAACAGCUGUUUUCUGGCUCUGCCAAUAAUAUCAUAAUGAAAGUUUAACGCCAAGAUAAGGUACCACUCUAUGUUUUUUAGUACCAAUCAGAUUUUAUUACAUUAAUUGUGUUCAGUUCGAUCAAUGUUAGUUCAUAUAAGAAACGUGUAUCCUAGUCUGAUACACAGGUAUUAAUGUGAUGAUAUUGAAAUAUAUUUGUAAUUAAAUAAUUAUUGUUGUUAGAUUUUAAGUACAUAUAACUUUAACUCGUUAAGAUGUCUACCUUUCCGAAUUGUAUUGAUUAUGUGCCUCGGUUAGUCGAUCUUACUAAAAAACAAUUAUUUAGAUUUAAGUUAUGACUAAACAAUUAUUUUAUGAAAAGACUUGCUCACACAUAUAAUUAUUUUGACUAAACAGUUGUUUCUCGAAUUGCAACUAAUUUUAGAAAUUAUUCUAUAUGGUAUGUUUAUAAAAUUUUAUACACGUUGGAAGUUGAAAUUACAAAAAUUUGAAUAGGAGUAAUGCCUUAUAUCACUUAUGAGAUUUAAAUAUUUUUGUCGUAUUGUACACACGAUUGUUUACAGUUUUUUGAUAAAACUUAUGCACGCGUUAUGUUUGUGCCAUGUUCAGAGCAUUUUAAGAAUAUACCUAUAUAAUUACUACUUAAUAAGCACUUUUGGGCUGAUGGUGGUGACGAAGCACUUUGUUAUUUAUGUACUUACUACAGUCCUACUAAUUAGUAAAACUAUUGUGAUGAGACGGUUGCCAAUACAAUGAAUUAGCACAUGUGUGUGUAUUCAUAAUAUGAUAUAUAUGUAAAUCUUAACUGCUCGGGCAAAUAAAUUGUAGAUUGCAAAAGUAAAUGUUACGUAUUUUACUAUUAAUCGUUUUGGAUAAUAUGUAGUGCUUUAAUUGUCUAUGAAUAUAAAUGUAGGACCUAGGAACCGUUCCAUUUAAUUCAUUCCACACGUUGCUGCCAGACUCUUGUAACUUGUUAGGGUCUCACUUCAUUUUGUAACGUGAAUUUUCUGAAUGCUUCCCCGUCUAUCCGAUCUUUACCUUCGUACUUAGUGCCCGGACUUUCCGUGACAACCAGCCUUGAGUUUUGUGUUUCCUGUACGUAGUUACUGCUAGUUACCAACAAUUCGUUUUCGGACCGUUAUCGUUAGUAAAAUAAUAGGAAGAUUUCGACAGC